AAUGUCGUUUAUGCAAACAUGUAUAUGUUUUGAAGGGGUAAAGUAAAAUAUCUUAAUAUUGUUCUUACAUUAUGUACAAGAUUUAUGUAAAUUUUGAAUUGUAAAAAUGUAAAAAAGGGAAAGCAGGUGAAGAGAAAACUUUAAGUAUGUCAACUAUACAACGUGUGAGCUAUAUAUACAAAAUUUGGUUUUCCACUUUCGGUUUAGGAAAAAAGCAAUUUCCAAUAUUUCGGAAUCAAGUUUCUCUUUUAAAAAGAGAACAGGUCUUUGUUAUAAUUAAACGGAUUUCUUAAAAUCGUAACUGACAUUUACAGUUAAAUUUCAUACAGAUGUUUAUGUAUUUUCAAAAAUAAGUAAAUAAACAAAAUGACAGAUAAUGCUACAGGGAUUGAUGCAGGGUCAAGUCGAGAUGACCAUGUAGAUGCCGACAAUAUUACGAUUGAUUGUGAUAAAGAAAUCACUCCCCGUUUAGUAAUAGCCAUCAAAUUUGGGACAUAUGCUUGUAGUUAUGCCUUGCAAUGGAGAUCCGACUAUGAAAACGCAAACUGCAUCGAAAGCAUCAAGGUUCCAACACAUUGUUCAUCAUUCGGAUUUUGUACAAGAAAGACGCCUUCUUAUUUACUACUUAAACCUGAUAAAAGCAUUGCCGAGUUUGGGUACAAAGCUGAUUUUCAAUUCAGCAAAAAUGAGUCACUUCCUGAGAGAAAGAGACCAAAAGACUGGAAGGACUGGUAUUUCUUUCGCUUUUUCAAGAUGCGACUCUACACUGGGGAGGAACUCACAGUAGAUACUACGAUGGAAGCCGCAAAUGACAAACAUUUACCAGCAGUUGAAGUACUGGCAAAAACAAUAGAGUACCUGAAGAAUGAAACAAUAAAUAAACUACGAGAAGACGGUUGUGUAUAUCCAGAAGAUGUAACGAAAUGGGUGAUAACUGUUCCUGCUAUUUGGAAUGACUCAGCUAAACAUGUGAUGCAUGAGGCGGCAGAAAAAGCUGGAAUUAAUGGGAGAAACUUGUCAAUAGCUUUUGAGUCUGAAUGUGCUGCUUUGUAUUGUACGAAAGUUCCUCUUGAGAAAAUCAAAAACGCCACUGGCAAUAAUGAAAGGACAGAAUUUGCAGCUCCUGGUCAAACACUGAUGAUUGUUGACAUGGGAUGUGACACUGUUGAUAUAACAACGGUAAAAAUAAAUGAGGACAAGACAAUUCAACAGGUUUACAAAUCAUGCGGAGGUCCUUGGGGUGGCAAAAAAAUCAAUGAAAAAUUUGAGAUGUUUUUGGUAGAAUUGAUUGGAGCAGAAACAGUCAGAGCAUUUGUUGAAAAGCAUGAAAUUGACUACUACAAUUUGCGAAUGGAUUUUGAAAGCAGAAAAAGAGAGAUGAAAGGGUCAGAUGAUCAAAUACCAGUCAAACUCCCAGAUUCACUCCGACAGUUAUGGGAACGUGCAGAAGGUAAAGAAAUCGAUGAUAUUCUUGAAGAAAAGAAAGGUUUUGGAGAAAUUGAAUAUAUGACAGGGCGGUUAUUCUUGGAAGCUAAAAUAAUCCAUGUUUUUCCAAGAAAUCAUCGGUGGCUUACUUAAAUACAUAAAUGAAGAGGUUUUAUCAGAGAUGUGCAAUGUUUCAAUUAACUCAAUUAUCUUGGUUGGUGGAUUUGCUGAAUCAAGUUAUGUAAUGCAAUAUAUGAGAGAAAGUCUCCGAUCUCACAAUAUUCCUGUAGUGAGGCCGCACUUACCAGAAUUAGCCGUAUUGAAUGGUGCUGUUCUGUUCGGUCAGAAUGAAAAGAUUGUAAAGUCAAUAAUUUUGAGGCAUUCUUAUGGAAUUGCAAUGACAAUGGAAUUUGUUCCAAACAAACACAAGGAGGACGAGAAAUAUGAAUUAGAUAAUAUGAUAAUGGCAAACAAUGUAUUUAGAAAGCAUGCCACUAUCGGGCAAACUGUUCCAAUUAAUGAAUGGAUUUGUUCAAAGGAAUAUUACCCAGAAAAUGAGAGAGACAGAAAAACUACUUUUUUUAUUUUCACAUCUGAUUCCGUAGAUCCUGUUCAUACAACAGAAAAGGGUUGUAAAUAUAUAGGCCAGGUUGUUGUAGAUUUCGGAUAUAACAGUGAUUCUACUAUGAGGAAGGCAGUGAAAUUGGAGUUCAAAUUUGGGGCGACAGAGCUCAAAGUUAGAGCCGUUACUUCGACCUCCAGCAAACAACACGUCAGCUAUUUUAAAUUACAAUGAACCCUAUCCCUUACUUGACUCAUUAGAAUGUUAUUAUUACAUUAGUUUUCAACCAAAUUGAACGAAGAGACGGUCUUUUUUAACUGAAGAACUAUAAAAACGAAAAGAGUAAGCAUAUAAUUGUUGUAGGUGCAUGUUUGUAGUAUUUUUGGUUCCUUCUAUUCGAACCUUUUCUAGUUUGGUGUUUCCAGUAUUCGUACUUCUUGAAUACUAUAAAAUGACCCUUUUGAUAUGGUACCUGCUUUUAAAAAUUUGUCUUUUGACGUUUUCUUUGUCAUAUGCAGAUGCAGGCUUCAUAACCUCUGAUACCCUUUCAAAAUUCCAUUUUGUUUAGUUCCGCCCAUUGUUUUCUCGUUUGGGGCACCUGCAUUCUUUAACUUGGUGACCACACGCCAUUUUACAUGGAAUGACCGUGUCAAGUUGAAGCUUCCAUGAUAACCGUCGUAUGAACACAUGUGGAUGUUUCUAAAUUCAAAAUGUCACCAUUUUCAUGUUUAAAUGUUGCAUUCUGCUUAAGUCUGUAGUAGGGCUACCUUGCACUUUCCAGUACCGUCCAUGAACAGAAUCAACCGAACCGAGCCUGCAGUAGUUUUCAAUUUUGUCCUUUUGGAAGUUCUUAAGGGAUUCUGCCUUUCUCUAUGCAUACAAUACAACAGUUUGCAUACUGUUUAAACCUGUCAAACUGACAUGAUCAUAUCAAACAUACAAUUCAUAAACAACCAUUGGAAACAUUUUAUUUUUAUGAUUAAUUGAAUGUUGUGAUUGUGUAUGAUUUGACUUGCACAGUAAAAAGUCAAAAUACAUGUAUUUACGGAAGAAAAGCAACAAUUGAUAAAUUUUAUAAUCAUUUAUAUUUUAUUUUCGAUUGAAUGAAUUCUUUGUAAUUAGUAUGGUACAAUUUAUUCUCCUUUUGGUAAGGUUUUACGUCGCACCAACGCAGUAGUUUUUACAUGGCGUCCAUUAUUGAGGCAAGAAGGGUGAUUAAAUUUAUCUCUUUAAUUAUUUUCUCAACUGAAUAUGAAUAAAAAAGACGGACACUCGUCCGGUUUGCAUGUCUUUUUGGAGUUAUUGUAAACAAAAUUUGGCAAAUCUUCUGAUGAAAUAUACAAAAGUCAAACAGUCUUCUUUCAGCUUUUAUGCCACCGCAGCAUCUGCGAUGCGGUGGCAUAUAGCGAUUCGCCUGUGUGUGUGUUUGUAUGUAUGUAUGUAUGUUUGUGUGUUCUAUAGAUUAUAUAGUGAACUUAAAAAACUUCUUGUGAAAAACCAAUAUUAUAGUUCAAUUUCAACCAAACUUGGCAAGAUUGAUCCUUGGGUAAAGGGUUUCCAAAGUUGUUCAAAGAAUUUCAUUCCAUGCAGAAAGCUGGUUGCCAUGGCAACCAAAAGGAAUAAUAAGAAGAAAUUUAAAAAUCUUGUAAAGACCAACAAGGCCUAGAGCAUAUAUCUUAUAAAAACUUAAAAAACCUUCUUGUCUGAAGGUACAAGGCUUAUAGCUUUGAUAUUUGGUAUAUGAUAUCAUCUAUAGGUACUUUAUCAAAGUUUUUAAAAUUAUGCCUCUAGUGUCAAAAUUAGCCCCGCCCCGGGUCAUAGGUUUCCUUUGAUGUAUAUAGUAGAAUCUUGAAAACAAUCAUCUUCUCGAAAUUGACAAAGACUAGAGGUUAGAUAUUUUGCAUGAUACAUAGUGUAAUGAACCUCUACCAAGAUUGUUCAAAUUAUAGCCCUGGGGUCAAAAUUGGCCCCGCCCCGGGGGUCAUUGAUUUUCACUAUGUACAUAUAGUAAAAAAAUAAAAAAAUCUUAUUGUCUGAAGGUACAAGGUUUAGAACUUUGAUAUUUGGUAUAUGAUAUCUUCAAUAGGUACUCUACCAAAGUUGCCUUUAGUGUCAAAAUUAGCCCCGCCCCGGGGGCCAUAGGUUUUCCUUAAUAUAUGUAUAUAGUAAAAAGUUUAAAAAAUCAUCUUCUCUAAAUUGACAUAUGCAAAAGGUUAGAUAUUUUGCAUGAAACAUUGUGUAGUAAACCUCUAGCAAAACUGUUCAAAUUAUAGCCCUGGGGUCAUAAUUGGCCCCACCCGGGGGGGGGGGGUCAUUGAUUUUCAGUCACUAUGUACAUAUAGUAAAAAAAUUUAAACCAUGUGCACAGAUUAAGAUGUAAAGUGAACUUUGAUAUCAGCUGGCCUUACUGUGUUAUACUUUGAUGUACAGUCAUGGAAUUUGGCCCAUGUGUAAUAUGACCUUCACCACCAAAUUCACUAGACUUAACUGCAUUGAUAGAUUCCUACUUUGAUCUUUUAUUUAAAUAACAAUAGAUUUAACCACUAAUCUGAUAAUAAGAAUUAGAUAGGUCAGUGAUCUAUGCAUUAUGGCAAUCUUCAAUUGUAUAGAAACAAAAAAAAAUCUGUUCCUACAUUACUAUUUUGUGUUGUACAUGUAUAAAUGCGGUGGUAUAGCAUUUUUCACAAAUGCAAUCUUGUUUAAUUAUAUAAUUACAGGAACGUAACUAAAUAUGAUAAUCAUCAUCAAUUGAAUUGUUUCUAUGAACGGAAUAAGUCGAAUCUGAGAUUAUAAUACAUGUAUAUGCAAGCCUAAAUAUAUAGAUUCUUACGCUGCCAUACUUUGUCGAAAUAGACCUAGAUCUAUCAAACACAAAGUAUGUGUGUACUAUUGAGCUAAUUUCAAUUGCUUUGUAAUAGAAAGCGCAUCGAGACACUUGGCUGUCUGAUUUGUACGAGGGGGCGUAGCACCCCCCCCCCCUUCCCAGAAUAUAAAUCAAAUUGCCAAGUGUGCAUGUGUGUGUAAUUUACCAAUAACUUACUGAUUAGUGAAAAACAUGUAUAUUUCAAUAAAUGAAUGUAUUUGCUUU